AUGGAGACAAUCCAGGAGUUGCUAGCGGCAAAGCCGUGCGGAAACCCAAAGCAGACGCAGUACGUCGACACGGUCGAAGCAUACGAUAAAUGGGCAGAGGUCUACGACACAGACGGCAACUUCCUCCAACGCCUCGACACAAUCGAGAUGCGCUCCCUACUACCCCAAUUCAUCGACCGGGUAAGCAAGCGCUUCCAGCCAACAGAUACCGAGACCGAAACAACCCGCCCUAGCCUAGUAGAUCUAGGCUGCGGCACCGGCCGCAACACAAUCCAGCUCCUGACCGCGCUUAGCACAGCCAAUAAAGCCACCUCCUUCUCGGUAAUCGGACUGGAUGCCUCGCGCGGGAUGCUAGACGUAGCGCGGACGGCGACAGGCCAGUAUGCGGCGGAAAAUGCAGCACAGACGCACGUUGAGCUUGGGAUCCUUGACCUUCUUCAGCCUGAGGUAUCGAGGACACAGCUUCCGGCUUCGUUGUAUGCACCCGGUGCUGUGGGGGUCAUAUCUACGCUGGUGCUGGAGCAUAUUCCGCUUGGGCGGUUUUUUGCGGCUGCGGCGGGGAUUAUGAGGUCCGGGGCGUAUUUGCUUGUGACGAAUAUGCAUGCGGAGAUGGGGAUGCGGAGUCAGGCCGGGUUUACGGAUGAGAGGGGGGUGAAGGUCCGGCCUACGAGUUAUUGUCAUGCUAUUCCUGAUGUUUUGGAUGCAGCUAGGGAGGCUGGGUUUGAGGUUGUGGAGGUUGUUGGAGCGGGUGCGGAUGGGGUGGUUGUUAGGGGGGUUGAUGAUCAAUUGACGGAUGCUCUGGGGGCGAGGGCGAAGAAGUGGGUUGGGGUGAGGGUUUGGUUUGGGGUUUGUUUUGUUAAGACGGGAUGA